GCGCUGCUUUUCACACUGCUGUGUUGGCGGAGACACGUAACGCGUCUGCAAUCAACGGAGCCACAACCCUUUCUUUUUCUUUUUUUUACGCGCGUUUCGCGUUGACAAUUUACCUUUUUUCGCAUUUUCGGAAGAAUUUAGUGACAUCCUAACCAAAAUGCGAGAGUGCAUCUCAAUCCAUGUGGGCCAAGCUGGUAUUCAGAUAGGUAACGCGUGCUGGGAGCUCUUCUGUCUGGAGCAUGGUGUAGGACCUGAUGGUGUGCUGCAAGAAGCCACAUCACUGCCCUAUUCCCGUCAGGACCCCUUCAACACCUUCUUCAGUACAGGCAGCUCAGGCCACCACGUACCCAGGGCCAUAUUUGUGGACCUGGAGCCUACUGUGGUGGAUGAGGUGAGGACUGGCACCUACAGGCAGCUUUUCCACCCAGAGCAGCUCAUCUCUGGGAAGGAAGAUGCAGCUAAUAACUAUGCCCGUGGCCACUACACUGUUGGCAAGGAAAUCAUUGACAUGGUUCUGGAACGUGUCCGUAAACUGACUGACCAGUGUACCGGGCUCCAAGGAUUCCUGAUCUUCCACAGUUUUGGUGGAGGCACUGGAUCAGGAUUCACCUCCUUGUUGAUGGAGCGCCUGUCUGUUGACUAUGGCAAGAAGUCCAAGCUGGAGUUUGCCAUCUAUCCAGCACCUCAGGUCUCCACUGCUGUCGUGGAGCCAUACAACUCUAUCCUCACCACACACACCACACUGGAGCACUCGGACUGUGCCUUCAUGGUGGACAACGAGGCAAUCUAUGACAUCUGCCGUCGCAACCUGGACAUCGAGAGGCCAACAUACACCAACUUGAACCGGCUCAUCGGCCAGAUUGUCUCCUCCAUUACGGCAUCCCUGCGCUUUGAUGGAGCACUCAAUGUCGACCUGACUGAGUUUCAGACCAACCUGGUGCCAUAUCCCAGAAUCCAUUUCCCCCUGGUCACCUAUUCACCAAUCAUCUCAGCUGAGAAGGCCUACCAUGAGCAGCUCUCUGUUGCAGAGAUCACAAGUGCCUGCUUUGAGCCAUCCAAUCAGAUGGUGAAGUGUGACCCACGCCAUGGCAAGUACAUGGCCUGCUGUAUGCUGUACCGUGGAGAUGUGGUGCCUAAAGAUGUGAAUGCUGCCAUUGCCAACAUCAAGACUAAACGUUCCAUCCAGUUUGUGGACUGGUGCCCAACUGGAUUCAAGGUUGGCAUCAACUACCAGCCACCUACAGUGGUUCCUGGAGGAGACUUGGCGAAGGUGCAGAGAGCCGUGUGCAUGCUGAGCAACACCACGGCCAUCGCUGAGGCCUGGGCACGUCUGGACCAUAAGUUUGACCUGAUGUAUGCCAAGCGUGCAUUCGUGCACUGGUAUGUGGGUGAAGGCAUGGAGGAGGGCGAGUUUUCUGAGGCCAGAGAGGAUCUUGCAGCUCUUGAGAAAGAUUAUGAAGAGGUAGGCACAGAGUCUGUUGAAGAUGAAGAGGAAGGAGAAGAGUAUUGAUCUCCAGAAGGCUAGUGGUAGAAACACUCUUGCCUCUCACUGCCAGGCUGCCACAGUUUGUCCCAAAGGAAAGGGAGCUAACGUCUGUCUUUUCUAUGUAUCUGUUUUAUUCUGUCCUACAGUCAGCGUGUCAUUCAUUCCAUUUACUUUUGUUUCCCAGAGUUCAAGUAAUUGCUGAAUUACCAAAGAUGAUUUGGUUUUAUUUGGCAUUUUUCUUAACACUGCUAACUGUCUAUAUGGGUCUGUUUCUACCAGCUGUGCAAUGUUUCUGAAUAAAGUCCCUUUAAAUGA